AUGUCUCCCACUCGAUCUGCGAAUGGCGUCUGCGUGUCAGCCUCGUCUCCGACAGAAACCAAACCUUCCAUUCACGAUUCCGCGGACUCGUUCACAUAUAUCCUCCCGCCUCGUCCAAAUCCCUCUGCUGAUGCAGGGCUCUCUGUCAAGGUUCCUGGCGAUGAACCCUCACCACCUUCGUCCCCAAAUAGCCUCGACGUAUUCACGAUUGGCCCUGUUACCGCACUGAAGCUGUUAUGUGCCGGCAUUGAGGCACUGGUGAGGGUGACCGGAGAUAUCCCCCCAACACCACCUCCCACACAUUCUACUCCUCCGAAUAUGCGUGGAAUGCAAGCGGAGAAGGAGAAUAUAAUCAGGAGCAACUCAUACAAAAAUCUCGCCGACCUAAACAAGCGACCAAGAACGCCAUCAAGUUCCAGCGGAGGUUCGGAAGACAUAGACGGCGUGAGCUUCAAGAAGGCUGCUCUAGGGAACCCAAAUCUUGCCCCUGCCGAACCAUAUAUCAUCAUCGGGGACAAUGCGGAACCUCUAAACAUCCAGCACAGCGCAAUCACCCGCAAGUUCUACUCGAAACAUCCUCCUCCAAUUUCACUGGAAGACUACCUGAUGCGAAUUCACAAAUUCUGCCCGAUGUCUACAGCGGUCUACCUUGCAACAAGUUACUACAUACACAAACUUGCAGUCGAUGAACGAGCCAUCCCAGUCACACGUCGCAACUGCCAUCGACUAUUACUAGCAGGUCUUCGAGUAGCUAUGAAAGCAUUGGAAGAUCUCAGCUAUCCACAUUCGCGGUUCUCGAAGGUUGGCGGAGUGAGCGAAGGCGAGCUUGCUAGGCUCGAGAUCAGCUUUUGCUUCCUGACUAACUUCGAAUUCAAGACGAGCAAGGAGACACUCCUAGACCACGCCAUCAGUUUGAAGGAGAUAUCUUCGCUACAAGGAGCUAUGAAUUUCAUUCCGAGGCUACCAUUGAAGACUAAGAUGAGACCGAAUGUAGGAGUUCAGGAAACAGUAUUCGAGGUCACGGCAGAUGCCUGCUAG